UUUGCGACACGAGUCAUCACCCGCUAGAUUUAAAAAUGGCAGCUGCAGACACCGCAGUAUUGUUCGCUAAACGACCAUCUGAGACACAUUUUUGAAGAUUUGUCUGUGACGUGGUUAGUAGAUGAGGUGCAGACGUUACUUUCGUUUCGUCGGUAGCAGAGUAGCGGAUCCAGCUGGAUGGGGAGACCCAGAAUAAGAACAUAUUUCAGGAAAUGGCUCGGCUCAUGGCCGCACACGGCCAACAGCGGACCUACAAACAGACAAAUAAAAAUAACAAAAGAAACUGCAGAACCAUCAAGGACCGCAACAGCCAGAGUGGGUUAAACAGGAGAACGUGGAAGUGGUUCGAACAAAUGGACGCAAUGUUCGGAUGUAGACCGACGAAAUGACGCGCCUCUCCGCCAGGGUGUUGUUGUAGAGCACGAUGAAGGAUGAACUGGAACCUACCUGGAGUGCCCAGUAGUACAAGGUGCUCAGUACUCCGAGACAUGGCCAAGAUUUGUAUGGUGAUGAAGUGAAAUCGAUGUCAGUGAUGGAGGGAGAUUCUGUCACUCUACACAUGGAUGAUACUGACAUACAGACAGAUGAUAUGAUACUGUGGAGUUUUGUAACUCAAGCAUCAAUCAUAGUUAGAAUCAACAGAGAAGCCAAUACAGUUUCUGUAUAUGAUGAUGUUCAUGAUGGGAUGUUUAGAGACAGACUGCGGGUGGAUGUUCAGACUGGAUCUCUCACUAUCACAAACAUCACAACUCGACACUCUGGACUUUAUCAAAUGACCAUCAGUGGCAUGAUGCUGACCUUUAACAGAUUCAUUGUCACUGUCUAUGCUCGUCUGCCUGUUCCUGACAUCACCAGUUACUGUCCACAAAACUCUGCUUCAGUGUCAAAAUGUGUGUUGUUGUGUUCAGUGAUGAAUGUAUCACAUGUGAGUCUCUCCUGGUACAAAGGAAAGAGUUUAUUGUCCAGCAUCAGUGUGUCUGAUCUCAACAUCAGACUCUCUCUACCUCUGGAGGUGGAAUAUCAGGAUACAAACACAUACAGUUGUGUCAUCAACAAUCCCAUCACAAAGCAGACCACACAUCUAGACAUCAAUCAACUCCGUCACAGGUGUUCAGCUCGCCUGCCUGUUCCUGUCAUCUCCAGAGACUCUUCACAAUGUUCAUCAUCAAAUUGUUCUGUGUUUUGUUCAGUGAUGAAUGUGUCAGGUGUGAGUCUCUCCUGGUACAAAGGAAAGAGUUUAUUGUCCAGCGUCAGUGUGUCUGAUCUCAACAUCAGACUCUCUCUACCUCUGGAGGUGGAAUAUCAGGAUACAAACACAUACAGAUGUGUCAUCAACAAUCCCAUCACAAACCACACACAACAUCUCAACAUCAAUGAACUCUGUCAGCCAUGUUCAGACUGUGUGUGCUGUUGUUAUGGUCCUGAAACACUGAUCCGAUUGGUCAUCUCGGCUGUCGUAGGUGUGGCUACUGUUGCUGUUCUGGUCUAUGACAUCAGAUCUACAAGAGUUCCGGCUACACCAUCUCCAUGUCAAUUAUGAAUUGUACAUUCUCUAGUUGGUGUUAUAGCUCUGUAGAUAUGUACUUAUAGAAAGUAACCUAUUACUUAUGAUUUUGAUGUUGUAGAAUUUAAAAAUCACACAAACGUCAAAAGUAACCCAGUUCAGCACACCUUUAAAUUCCUGAUAGAUAUACAUCUGGGAGAUGAACCAUGAAAAUGAAUGAAUCAAAUAAAUCGAUAACGUAAUGUGCACUGUAAAUUUGUAGUGUUGUAAAUAUGUUGUUGUAUAAAUGUUGCUACCGUUGAUGAAUAAUAGAUGACAAAGAAUAUAGAGAUUUUCUUCAUGUUGUUGAAUAAAGAUGAUCAGCAAAAUGAUUCAGGUGUUCAUUGGUGUCCUU